AUGGAGAAUCACAUUUUCUUAUUGAUUCUUCUCUUUCUAGUUCAAUAUUAUUCUGUUUCUGGAUCAGCUUCUUCGUCGAAUGAAACAGAUCAACAAGCUCUACUAGUUUUCAAAGAUCUUGUUACUAGUCCUAGUCAUUUUUUGGCAAAUAAUUGGACUAAGAAUACUUCCUUUUGCUCUUGGUUUGGUGUCACUUGCAGUCCAAAAAGGCAAAGGGUUGUACCCUUGGCGUUUCCCGAUAUGCAACUUCAAGGCACAAUUUCCUCCUCUUUGCUCCAAGGAAGUAUUCCAACAAGUCUAUUUCAACACCGGAGAGUUCAAGUAAUUUCAUUGGCUUUCAAUAAACUCGGUGGUGAAAUGUGGAAAGGGCCAUGGUUUGUACCGGAACUCAGAGUUUUGAAUCUGAGGAACAAUAGCCUCACAGGUAUAAUCCCUCCAUCUAUUGGAAAUGCCACAAAGCUGAUGAACUUCAGUUUGGCUGGGAAUAGAAUCAGUGGCAACCUUCCAAAGGAAAUCAGGAAUAUUGUGUCAAAUCUAGAGGUCUUAAGUAUAUCUUACAACCAAAUUUCUGAUCACAUUCCUUCCAACAUAUGCCAACUUACAGAGCUCAAAAUAUUGUCCAUAUCUUUUAACAAUAUAAUUGGAGAUAUACCCAGAAAUAUUGGUUGUUUAUCCAAACUUGAGGAGUUUUAUAUUGGUCACAAUCCCAUAAAAGGGACUAUUCCCGCUUCAUUGGGAAAUAUUUCCACUCUGCAAAAUCUUUAUUGUGCACUCAAUUACUUGGAGGGGCCAAUUCCUCCAGAAUUGGCGAAGCUAUCUAAUUUGUGGGAAAUAAACUUUUUUCAAAAUAAACUUAUUGGUCAAAUUCCAGAAGCUAUUUUUAACAUAUCUUCGUUGAAAAACAUUGGUUUCAAUUUGAACAACCUUUCGGGGAGAAUUCCUACCACUACCGGUCUUCAUCUUCCAAAUCUUGUAUACCUUGUCUUGGGGGGCAAUCAGCUGGAAGGGGAAAUUCCAUUGUUCAUAACAAAUGCUUCCAAGCUUGAGAUACUGGAUCUAGCCGGGAACUUUCUGACAGGAACUAUUCCCACUAAUUUGGGAAAUCUUCAUGAGCUGCAAAGACUGCUCCUACAUAGUAAUCAGCUUACUAAUGAACCAAGAGAACAUGAGUUGCGAUUCUUAAAUUCAUUGGUGUAG